AUGGAGAAGUUGUCCACUCUUCUGACAGUGAUUGGCACAGCCACUCUUGUGACUGUGUCGAAGGCAGCUAUAGUCAGUGGCCGUGAUGCUCUACCGUGGGUGAACCACUUUAUCGGCGCCAAUGAUGGCAUACACGCUGGUCACGUGUUUCCUGGAGCUAACUUGCCUUUUGGUAUGGCCAAGGCUGUCUCUGAUGUGAAUGGCGAGAGACAGGGCGGAUUUGCAAUGGACGGCUCCCAGAUCACAGGCUUCAGCCAUAUGCACGACUCUGGCACCGGUGGAGGCGCUUCUUUUGGCAAUUUUCCGCUCUUCCCACAGUCUGGAUGUCCUGGGGAUGACCUUAACCGGUGUAAGUUUGCGAAGGUGGAACGCGCUGCCGACUAUAUUGAAGACAGUCCCGUCGCACAUCCCGGCUACUUCUCUAUUCAACUCAACUCCAGCGUCGCUGGAGAGGCGACGACUACAAAUCAUACAGCUCUCUAUCGCUUUACAUUCCCCGAAACUCCCAGACCGCCCAACAACGAGUCGAGCUCCGAGGACACUCCCCCUCUCAGUCCUCUGAUCAUUGCCGACCUCACCGAUCUGUCUGACUCGAGGCUCAACGGUACGAUGUCUAUCGACCCGGAAACGGGGCGAAUGACGGGCUCUGGCGCCUUCCAACCGACUUUCGGCAUUGGUGCGUAUAGCCUGCACUUCUGUGCAGAUUUUCAAGGGGCAUCGCUGCGAGAAACGGGCGUCUUCGUCAACAAUCGCGCAGGUAACGAAGUGCAGAAUAUCACCAUGGUCGCAGACGGCGUCAAUAAUCAGCCCGAGAUCCUUCCGGCAGGCGUAUAUGCCUGGUUCGAUGCCCCGGAGCAAAACAACCAGAUUGUUGCACGCGUAGGCGUUAGCUUCAUGUCAGUGGAACAGGCAUGUGGGCAUGCCGCGAGAGAAAUUCCUGACUUCGAUUUCAACGCUACUGAGCAGGCGGCCUCGGAUGCUUGGGCGCAGAAAUUCUCGGUUGUGUCGCUGGACACGGGUGAAGUCAAUGAUACUCUGCAGACGGUCUUCUGGAGCGGGUUCUACCGAGCUCAUAUCUCCCCACAGGACUAUACAGGCGAGAACUAUCUCUGGGAGUCGGACGAACCCUACUAUGAUAGCUUUUACUGCAUGUGGGAUUCCUUUCGAGUGAUACAUCAGGCCAUCACGCUUUUGGACCCGUGGUCACAAACAUUAAUGAUACGAACCCUGCUCGACGUAUACAGGCACGAAGGUAAGCUGCCUGAUUGCCGCAUGUCGCUCUGCAAAGGUUUCAGCCAGGGAGGGAGUAACGCCGAUGUGGUGCUCGUCGAUGCAUUCCUGAAGAACAUCACCGAGGGCAUCGACUGGGAGCUGGGCUACCAGGCCAUUGUCUCCGAUGCCGAGGAGGAGCCUGCAAAUUGGGCCGUGGAAGGGCGAGGAGGCCUGAUGUCCUGGAAGUCCUUGAACUACAUCCCAGCUGAUGACUUUGAUCCCUUCGGUACAGGCCUUUUCACCAGAUCUGUUUCGCGGACCAUCGAGUAUGCUUACAACGACUUCUGCAUUGCCGAAAUGGCGCGGGCCAUGGGCAACCAAGGCGACUACGAGAAGUAUAUCGAGCGGGCUGGAUAUUGGCGUAAUGUGUGGAAGAAUGAUCAGACUUCAUUCAUGAACGCGACUGACACCGGCUUUGUGGGAUUUCUGAUGCCGAAAUACCUCAAUGGGACUUGGGGUUAUCAAGACACCUUCACCUGCUCGUUGCUGCAGAACUUCACCUCCUGCUACCUCAAUCCCAAAGGCUUGGAGACGUACGAAGGCAGCCCGUGGCUGUACAGUUUUCUGGCAGCACCGGCUGAUAUGGCGGCCUUGAUUGCCUCGAUGGGCGGGCGGGACGAAUUUGUUCGUCGACUGGACUUCUGGCACGAGUACCCUGAGCUCGCGUACAUGGGUAAUGAGCAGCCCUUCCAGACGAUCUGGCAAUAUCACUUCGCCGGACGGCCCGGCAAGUCCGCAGAGCGCAUCCAUCAGUACAUUCCGUCGCAAUUCAAUGACUCGGUGGUUGGGAUCCCAGGCAAUGAUGACAGCGGAGCGAUGGGUUCCUUUGUCACUCUCGCCAUGAUGGGUGUGUAUCCGAAUCCCGGGACGAAUUACUACUACAUCACACCGCCCUUCUUCCCCGAGGUGAACAUUACCAACGGCUUGACUGGAGCCACGGCUACGAUUCGCAACGUCAAUUUCGACGCCGAGUAUAGCAACGUAUAUAUUCAGUCUGCGACACUCAAUGGUGAGAACUUCACCAAGAACUACAUAACGCACGACUUCUUCCUCGAAGGGGGCAUAUUGGAGUUGACACUGGGUCGGAAUGAGAGCGAUUGGGGCACGAGAGAGGAAGACGUACCGCCUAGUCUGACGACUGACACGGGCAUAUUUGACUAG